GUCCCAGGACCUGUCGGAACUCCUGAAGGAAGCCACCAAGGAAGUGCACGAGCAGGCGGAGAACACACCCUUCAUGAAGAACUUCCAGAAGGGACAGGUGUCCCUCCACGAGUUCAAGGUAGGGUGUAACAGCACGGCACAGCUGCUUGGGGACUGCGCGUUAGUUACUGUCACGUGUAGUUAAUAGAGGUAGAACAGUGGGCAGAUAUUGGUUCAGAUUGGAUAUGGGGAAACGUUUCUCCUCCGAAAGAGCGGUGCUGCAGCGGCACAGGCUGCACAGGGAGGUGGUGGACUCACUGUCCUUGGAGGUGUUCCAGAGCUGUGUGGAUGUGGCACUGAGGACGUGGUCAGUGGGCACGGUGAGGGUGGGCUGGCGGUUGGACCAGGUGAUCUUAGAGCUAUUUUCCAACCUUAACAGUUCCGUGAUUCUAUGAAUGGAGCAUACUGAAUUUAGAACGCCUUAAGCAGUUACAGCUAGAAAUCAUGAUGGAAUAGCAAUGAAGUGAGGCCGUGAGAUCAUCUCUGGCACCACGCUUGACAGUUUUUGAGCUGUCACUGGGGUUAUAGCAGAGCUGGGAUCAUAGCAGAGCUGGGAUCAGGAGCAAUUGCUGAAAGGCAGAAUGAGUUGGAGCAAGCUGUGCCUGCUGCCAGCAGGUAGGAGCCUGUUGCCUUCCUUGAAAUGUAAGAGCUAUGUGCCGUUACUAGUCUGCAUCUAUCCUGGCUGGGGACAGGAUGGAUCUGAGCCACGUAACAAAGCUGUGAGCAAAAACAAAGCAAACACCUGGGUGAGAAAUUCCCGGGAGGCCAGAGGACCUGACGCACGGCUUUGCAAAUAACAGCUAAUGAUCCGACCCGUGGUUUAAUUGCUUUGUUGUCGAAUGGCUCCUCGAUAAAUAAAUCCACGAGAACAGAGCUCAGUCCAUUUACUUCUGACAGGUUGUAUUCACGGCACUCAGUCGAGCAUGAACUCAGUGGCAGGGCGCUGACUUCCCGCUGUCAGGAAUGGGGCUCUCAUUGGGUGGUGGACUUUGAGACAAGUUGGUGAUGAAGAAAGGCCUCUGAGAUUCAGGAGCACAGCCUGGCUUCCCAGGAAGUGUUUACCCAGUGGUAGGAAGUGGGACGUGACGCCGGGCUUGGAAAAGCAAAAGCAGUUUUCAGAAGCCACCUUUCCCACUGAACCACUUAAAACAAGCAGCCAAGUUAAUUUUUUCCUCAUUGGUUGGGCAAUGUUUUUGUUUUGUUUCCAGUAAGCUAGAUAACGAGUUAUUGUUUAAAAACACCUCUUUUUUUUUUCUUAUUUACUUUCUUGGCAAACCCACUUACCUGCCCUGACAUGUGACUCCUAGGAUCUGAAUAUCAGUUUCCACAACGAAGUCGCUGCCUGUAUCAAAGUCCUGUUUGCAAUGCUGGAAAGCUGAAAUCAUUCCCGCAGUACUGAUUGCUCUGUUGGGAGAGUAAACUCCUUUCUCUCUAAUUCCCCCAAACCUGACUCACCUGUACCUCCAUGUUCUACACUUUGCUGCCGAUAAGGGAUUUCAGUGUAAGCAAGAAGUGGUGUAGGUAUAGAUAUGUACACAGCCUCUACAAACAGAAUGCCCAUGGAAGGGGAGAACACAGCCAGAUUGUCUUAUGCCACGUGGAAAAGCUGGCAGAUAGAGGAAAAUAGCAUGUAAACUGGGAAAAACAAUAACAGUGGUUUCAAAACAGAGGGAUGAGCGCAUAGCUGCACAGUGAUCCUUCACAAAGGCAUCUUUCAGAGGCCUCCUGUCCCUUAUAUCUUGUCUCCUUGAGGCAACCAAAGAGGCAUCCCCUCUUCCAAGGCUGAAUGAGGCAAAGGGGUGCCUCCAUUCGCAGGACAGUGGGUUGCAACAUCGGCGGGGCGGGCUGUCAUCUCACAGGGUCCCAUAGAGGGAAGCCACAUCUGUCUCUGGUCACGGCGUCCCUGUACUUCAUCUACUCUGCUCUGGAGGAAGAGAUCGAACGUAACAAGGACAACCCUGUCUAUGCUCCUGUUUAUUUUCCGAUGGAGCUGCACCGGAAAGCUGCCCUGGAGAAAGACUUGGAGUACUUCUAUGGCAGCAACUGGAGGGCAGAGAUCCCAUGUCCUGAGGCUACUCAGAAAUACGUUGAGAGGCUCCACGCCGUUGGCAAGAAGCAUCCAGAGCUGUUGGUGGCCCAUGCCUACACCCGCUAUUUGGGAGACCUGUCUGGGGGGCAGGUGCUGAAGAAAAUCGCCCAAAAGGCCCUCCAGCUGCCCAGCACUGGAGAAGGGUUGGCUUUCUUCACCUUCGAUGGAGUCUCCAACGCCACCAAGUUCAAACAGCUCUAUCGGUCCCGAAUGAAUGCCCUUGAGAUGGAUCAUGCUACUAAGAAAAGAGUCUUGGAGGAAGCCAAGAAAGCAUUCCUGCUAAAUAUACAGGUAUUUGAGGCGCUGCAGAAGCUGGUGUCCAAGAGCCAGGAGAACGGUCAUGCUGUACAGCCAAAGGCAGAGCUUCGCACAAGGAGUGUUAACAAAUCGCAUGAAAACGGUCCAGCAGCUGGGAAGGAGAGUGAGAGGACAAGCAGGAUGCAGGCAGACAUGCUGACCACCUCUCCCCUGGUGCGGUGGCUCCUGGCGCUCGGCUUCAUCGCCACCACAGUCGCCGUGGGCUUAUUUGCCAUGUGAGCGAGCAGGACCUCCGCCUUCUCUUCGUGCCUUCCCUCACCCUGAACUAAUCCACUUUGCCCAGUCCUUCCAAAGGAAAUCCCCUUCGACUGGGCUCUGCCACUAAUAUUUGGAGACCUUUCUCCCCAGAAAGCAGAGUGCUGCGAGGGGCUCCAGGCCCUUUCCCUGCUUGCUGCAAGCUCUCCUCACACACUAACAACAUCACCACCAGGCCCAAGGGAUGGAAAAGCCUCAAACCAACAGCCAAGAGCUGCAGUUAUUCUACAGAGUAUCUGCAAAAAUCCCACAGGAUGAGAAAAGCAGCUUUGACACCUGUCUUGCCUCAGAACUAUGCAGCUCCCGGAGCUCUGUUUGCUCAGUGUUUUAUACUGCUAGAUAACACUGUGAUCACAGUUUCUGUGGAGCCACACAGCUCCUGUGGCUAUAGAACUGUUUUAUAUGACCCUAGCAGGUCUGUGUUAAAUCUUCUUCCAAUCAUUUUUCUUCUUUUUUUUUUUUUUUAAGAGAUGAUGGUUGUUGAAGAUACAGUGUCGUUCUUUUAUCUGAUCAUAUAAUUUAUAUACAUAAUAAAAGUCAAUGUAAAGCGUUCAA